GAGAGAGAGAGAGAGAGAGAGAGAGAGAGAGAGAGAGAGCUCAGCGAGCCAAGGGCAGAUUCUAGCAGAGACCCAAAAAGCAGAAGCAGAAGCAGAAGCAGUUGAUCAUAUUUUAAUCCAAAAUGGUGGUUGACAACACGUACUUGUCCUCGAAGCUUGUCUCCAAGGAAGAAGCCUCCAUGGCCAACGCUUCUUGCAGAGUCUACUACGGAGAAGCAGCAGGUGCAAUUCCAUUCAUGUGGGAGUCUCAGCCAGGUACACCCAAGCACCCUUCUUCAGAGUCUUCUCUUCCUCCUCUCACACCCCCACCUUCCUAUUCCACCACCCCACCAAUCUCUAAACGCACCCACAAAAUCACCUCCAAAUCAAAGUUUCUGGACACCAUUUUUCCCAGGCUGAGGUCUUCGUGGAAAAUGCUCAAGCCACCCAAUUCCAUGUCACCACCAUCACUGUCCUCCGCAUCCUUAUCAUCCUCAUCAUGGUCGUCAUCAUCAUCAUCGUCAAACUACUCAUCUUCCUCAGCAUCAAGUUUGAGAAACAAAGGGGCCCGCAAAUUUUAUCACAAAUAUGAGGAAGAUUAUGAUGAGCAUGAUCAUCAUGAAUCAAAAUCUGGAUCACCUACUUCAACUUUAUGCUUUGGUGGGAAACCCAGAGGUGCAAAUAUUAAUGGGAUCCGAGGCUGCUAUUCAAUGAAGAACAUAAGAUUUGGGUUCUUGUCCAUUGUUAACCAUGAAUCUGGCCGAGUUACUAAUAAUAAUGCUUAGAAUUAAUUUUCGGUGUGUGGUCGUGCCAAUUAAAUCUUUAUUUUUCUUUUUUCUUUUGGGUUUUAGAAUUAAUCUUAAUUCUAGUAGUGUAAGUGGGCGUGUAGAGUGAUGUUUAUCCAUUGAUGUCGUCGUAUCUUAUGAUGAAAUGUAUAACGCAUGAAAUUUAAUAUUUUUUUA